AACAAGUUAAAAUAUGCUUGCAUGUAAAUUCGAAUUAUGUAGAUCGUUUUAUUCAUAUGGCAGAAUGUUAUGGUGUGGUGUAGACCUGACGCAGGGUUGAAAUCUUAGUAAAAGUUGUGCAAUCUCCAAAUAUCAGAAUUCGUCUUUCUGCUGUCUUCGUUGCACUUGCAGGAUUUGUCGAAGGUUGAACCAGAACUGAUACUGUCGUAAUCAGGGGCCUUUGCCUUAAAGAAACUUUCAUUCCUUCAAUUUUAAACAAGUUAAGUUCCAGGAUGAGUUCCAGGACUGAAGAUGAGGUGUCUGAGUACAAUAUCGUAAAAGAAGGCAAGGCAGACAUACUCCAGCCUAAAUCUGUGUUCUACAAUCCUGUUCAGGAGUUCAACAGAGAUCUCACUGUAGCUGUUAUAUCAAACUUUGCACAAAUACAUCGAAAGGAGAAAAAUGAAAAUACAAGGAAGAAUAAAGAGCAAGAGAAAUCAAAAAAAGAUAAAAAAGCAUCAGAUUCAAGUGAGGAUAUUGAAUUAAAUGAUGUUAAGGAAUUACAGGAGAAGAUAUGUGAUGAUGAUGUAGAUGCAGGAAAGAAGUGUGAAGAUGGAAUAUCAAUUUUGGAAGGUCUAGCAGCAUCUGGACUUCGGUCUAUCAGGUUUGGGUUGGAGAUUCCAGGUGUUCAGCGGAUUGUGACAAAUGAUUUUGAUAAAACUGCUGUAGAAAUAAUACAAAAGAACAUUGAGAGGAAUAAACUUGAUCACCUUGUGACCUCCAGCUUUGGAGAUGCUUCUAUGGUAAUGUACAUGAGUAAAGGAACAGAUGCCGCUUUUGAUGUGAUCGACCUUGACCCUUAUGGCGGUGCAUCCCAGUUUCUGGAUGCAGCAGUGCAGUCUGUUGGUGAGGGAGGUUUACUUUGUGUGACAUGUACAGACAUGGCCCUUCUGUGUGGUAACACACCAGAAAGUUGUCGGGCUAGGUACGGAACCAUGUCCUACAGGUCAGCAUACUGUAAGGAAAUGGCACUCCGUAUCCUCCUGCAAUCUCUUGAGACUACUGCCAAUAGGUACUCACGAUACAUCGUUCCCAUGAUAUCAAUUAGUGCUGACUUCUACAUCCGAGUUUUUGUGAGAGUUUUCACAGGUGCAGCAAAGGUUAAACUCUCAUCUCUGAAGCUGGCAAAUGUUUACCACUGUUCAGGAUGUGGAGCUUUUACCAUUCAGAAACUGGCAAGAAAAAUACCCACAAAAGGUGAUAACUUCAAAAUGGCUGCAGCACAUGGACCUCCUGUCACAGAUAUAUGUGAACAUUGUCAACACAAACAUUAUGUUGUUGGUCCAGUGUGGGCGGACAGACUUCAUGACACUGAUUUUGUUAAAAGGGUCAUCAAGUAUGUUCAGGUGAAACAAGCUGACUUUCAGACUCAUAAGAGAAUAAUCGGCAUGCUUAGCCUCGUCAGUGAAGAACUCAGAGACUGUCCUAUGUACUAUGUAAUUGAUGAUGUCUGCCAGCAGGUCCACCUCUCAUCCUUUAACCAGGAAACAUUCAUGUCUGCUCUGUUGAAUGCUGGCUUUGAGGUAUCCAUGUCUCAUGCUGAACAGAAUUCUAUCAAGACAAAUGCAUCUAACAGGGACAUCUGGGAUAUUGUUCGAUCAUGGGAGAAAACACAUCCUGUAACCGAGAAGCGCCGUGUUCCAGGAUCUGUCACGGCCAUUAUACUGUCAAAGGAGCCAAUCCUCAAGGUUUCGUUUGAUCUCCAUCCUGGAGCCAAACAAGAAUCAAAGAAACGGGGGUUGUCACGAUACCCACAGAAUCCUGAAAAGUUUUGGGGGCCAAAGCCAAGGGCUAAAAAAUCUGACGUUGAUGCUGUUGAAUCUAUGGUAGACAAGAGGAUAAAACUUCAGGGAAAGAGGAAGAAGAAUCAGGAAACUGAUAAUGGUGGUGAUGGAGACGCAAAAAGGAAACAAGAAACACAGGCCUCGUAAAUGGAUCUUAACAAAGGAUGACAGAUGUGAGAUAGAUGAUACAAUGACUGCUCCCUAACUCUAUUUACAAUGUACUGAUACUAGGACUGUUGUGGAGCUUGUUACAAUGACUGCUCCCUUAAUCUAUUUACAAUGAACUGAUACUAGGACUGGUGUGGAGCUUGUUACAAUGACAGCUCCCUAAAUCUAUUUACAAUGAACUGAUACAAGGACUGGUGUGGAGCGUGUUACAAUGACAGCUCCCUAAAUCUAUUUACAAUGUACUGAUACUAGGACUGGUGUGGAGCUUGUUGCAAUGACAGCUCCCUAAAUAUAUUUACAGUGUACUGAUACUAGGACUGGUGUGGAGCUUGUUACAAUGACAGCUCCCUAAAUCUAUUUACAUUGUACUGAUACUAGGACUGGUGUGGAGCUUGUUACAAUGACAGCUCCCUAAAUCUAUUUAUAGUGUACUGAUACUAGGACUGGUGUGGAGCUUGUUACAAUGACAGCUCCCUAAAUCUAUUUACAUUGUACUGAUACUAGGACUGGUGUGGAGGU